UGUGUGGAUGCGUCCCUCUGGUCACUUGAUUAGAGGCAUUACUGUACAGGGAAGCGCGUCACGGAUCCUCCCCCUCCAUACCAUAAUAACCCGUCAUGGCUUCCCAAACCCGCUUCUAUAUGCACCGAUUCCACGCCCGCCGCCGUCUGCACCGACCAAACUCUCAUCCGCGGUCACGGAGAGCAUUGAAAACGACGCCCUUGACACAUUUCCAACCAGGAACGGUCUGAUUUCUGACUAGCAUUGAUGGAUUGAUUGUGCACUUGCGACACCGGCCGGGAAACCAGAUGCAUUGCUCACCGGAUGCUCUCGGUUUCAUUUGUUUGACUGGUUGUGAAUGUGUCAGGAAGCACCUAUAACACUGUAAAUCUGCUCUCGUGUCAUCUGUACAGUUCCUCGCGCGCUUCCUUGUUUCAGGCCAAUUGCGGGACGGGCUGAAGCCACGGAGGAGGGGGUGGUCUCAGGUGUCCGGUUCUUUCCGUGAUCCUGCGCCGGUGGAAUUUUAAAUCCGUUUCUCCAGCGGGAUCUGCUCGUUGUUCUUUAGAACGCGUAAUUGUUGCAUUGCGCAGAACGUUCACAUUGUCGCACUUGCUGAUUAUAGAACGUUUAUAUUAUAACUUCUGCGGGAUGACGAUAACGUGUGUGGUUACAUUGUAGCUCUCGCAGAAUGAGCGUUUCGGAACGUUUCACCGUUUUACUGUAACAGUGCAGAAGUGAGCAGAGCAGCCCACCGGGGUCCGGUGUAAAUAUUCCACAAACGAUAGAGGAGGAGUCGGUGCACGAUAAAAGGGAUGUGAACCGAGCGCAAAGAGCUUUGGACUCGGUUUAAAGCGCGCGCUCACUGUGUUCUCCUCCUCAGUUUGCUGGAAGUCCUGCUGCUUUAUUAUGAAGAGUGAUCUCUCAUAACAAGAUUUGGGCAUUAUCAAUCGGAUUAUGAGUGAUCGUCCAUGCAAAGUGACGCGAGGUUGACUUAGUUUCCGAUCUUGAGGGGAUUUAUUUCUGUUCUUCUUUUUCUUCUGGAAACGCGUUGGCAUCCAGGAUGCACCCAGAAAGCAGUGAGAACACUGCAGGAGCAGCAGCCAGCGGGACACCCGCUUCGGAAGAAUCGACCACUGAACCGCAGGCUGGACAUACUGAGCAACUUGCAGAGGAGCACAAAGAGCCGCAGGAGUAUGAGGAACAGGAGCGUAAGCUCGCCCCGGAGGACAGCACGGUGCAGCUGAUACAAACCGGCUGCCCCGAUAAGCGUCCGGCGACGCCGCCCGGCGCACACCCGGGACCGGGGUUCGUUCCCCCGGAGGGGGGCUUCGGCUGGGUCGUGGUGUUCGCUGCUACGUGGUGCAACGGCUCGAUUUUCGGCAUCCAGAACUCAUUCGGGAUUCUGCACAUGAUGCUGGUGAAAGACCAUCAGGAACUGACGGACCAGGCGUCUCAGUUCAAAGUGGCAUGGGUUGGUGCUCUGGCGAUGGGGAUGAUAUUCUUCUGCUCUCCGGUGGUCAGUAUGUUCACAGAUCACUUCGGAUGCCGGAAGACGGCCGUAUGCGGAGCGUUUGUGGCCUUCCUCGGUCUUCUCACCAGUUCCUUCGCAACCACGCUGGGUCUUCGAUACUUCACAUACGGGAUACUGUUCGGCUGCGGAUCCUCGUUUGCAUUCCAGCCGUCGCUGGUGAUCCUGGGGCAUUAUUUCCGACAGAGACUAGGUUUGGCCAACGGCGUGGUGACGGCAGGCAGCAGCCUCUUUUCUAUGGGGCUCCCUGUGCUGCUCAAGAAAGUGGUCGAACCGCUGGGCCUUUCCAGAACCUUCCAGAUCCUCAGCAUCUUCAUGCUGGUCCAGUCGCUGCUGGCCCUCACCUUCAAACCGCUCAUGCCAAGUGGGAUGUGCCCGAUGCCAGGCAUGGGAAUGGACGGAGGCCCCCCGUCCGGCCUGGAGUCGGCGAGCAGGUGGCAUAAGGGCCUGGCCAAAAUCAGGAAGUACUUUAACGUGCGAGUGUUCAGUGUGCUGACCUAUCGGGUUUGGGCGUUCGGUGUCGCCACAGCAGUGCUGGGAUACUUCGUUCCGUAUGUGCAUCUGAUGAACUUUGUGAAGGAGCAGUUUGGAGACACUCAGAGGGAAUGGGUGCUGCUCGUAUGUAUCGGAGCGUCUUCUGGAGUCGGUCGACUGCUGUUUGGGAAGAUCGGAGAUCUCAUACCUGGAGUAAAGAAAAUCUACAUGCAGGUGGCAUCGUUCAUAUUACUGGGUCUGAUGUCAAUGAUGAUACCUCAGUGCGCCGUGUUUGAAGGUCUGGUGGUGGUUUUCGUAUUGAUGGGUCUUUGUGAUGGCUGUUUCAUCACUAUCAUGGCCCCCAUCGCCUUUGAGUUAGUAGGGCCCAUGCAGGCGUCUCAAGCUAUCGGCUACCUCCUUGGCCUCAUGGCCAUACCAAUGACAGCGGGACCCCCGAUCGCAGGACUUCUUCAUGACUAUUUUGGAAACUACCACGUGGCGUUUUAUCUGGCUGGUGUUCCUCCGAUAGUGGGGGGUAUUGUGAUGUUUUUUGUACCUCUGGUGCACCAGCGCGUGCAAAGACGACGAAAAGAGGCCAACGACCCCAGCAUGGACAAGAUGUUGAAGAACUGCUCUAAUGGAGACAUGCUGCCCGGAUACACAGACAUGGAGACACACAUAUGAAGCCCACAGCCUCACAAAGGGAUUCAUCUCACCAGCACUGCUUGUGGCGUGUGUACGUGAGUGUGUGUCAAGAUGGUGUGUGAUGUAUUUCCUCUUUGCUUGGCUCUAAUCAAACUCGAGGUCUCAAGGCUUUCCCCCCUGCUCGUUUGCUGUUCUGGAGAGGAGACAUGAUCAUCCAUCAAGAGCCCAAACCCUCCUCCAGUGGCCCGCGCUGCUGUUUCCACCGGCUCCCGAGUGAUUGAACAACAUCUGCAUGCAGAUUUGGCGAAAUCACCUCCUGCUCACGUUUCUCACGAGAAUCUGAACGGAGAGCUCAGGUAGUGCAGGAGCCGUCAGUUAAAUUAGGAUAGCAAACGUUUUAGCACCUUUAUAAAGGAAACUUCAAUUUGAUGUGAGAGAGUAGCAUUACCAGCACAGAGAAAAGUGCUGUUUUCAUCGAGCUUGAUAGUUUAUUGUCGAGAUUAUGCAAAUCAGAUUUGUAAGCUUUAGAUGUUUUCAUAAUACGAUUUUUUUAAAAUCCUCCAUGGAAUUGAUUUCGGAAACAUUUAUGAGACAAAUCCGUCUUUCUUCUUGCACUUUCUGCUACGACUUUGAUAACCUCAGCCGUGAUUUUCUUAUCAUAACAUACCGCAGCCGUGCAUCGCUUAUGAAUUAUGAAAAAGCUAAUCCUCUGUCCUUAAUAAUAUCCGCUAAAUUUAGUUCAGUAAUCAGAUGCAGAAAGGAGUUCACAAACUGUGCCAUGACCAUUGAGACAGAUGAAAACUAAAGGAUCAAUAUUCAUAAAAGGGGUGAAUCUUGUGAAAAAUGCCAAAGGAAAAUAAAUAGAAAUGAUAUUUUGCAUUAAUAUAUAUAUUGUUUUGCUUUUUAGUUUUAUAACAAUAUGCACAUUUCCACCAAAUUUAUAUAAUGCGAAAAACAAUCUUGUUCAUCGUCACAAUACAGUAAAAUAAUCAAAUCCAGACACAUAAAUCAGUAUAAAAUACCACAAUGUAAAAAAAAAAUCAAAGCUGUAAAUUAAACUUUAUUGGAGAUUAUUGGAGUUUUUACAAGAAAAUAUUAUUUCAGUCUUAAUUGCACAAUUAAUUCAUUUUGGUACUUGUUGCAAAGUAUUAUUUGUGAAAUUUACUAGCAAUUUCUGAGUGAAAAUUGUUUUAAAGUAAAUCCUACAUCUUUUAUUUCAGUCCACCAUUUAUGCAAAAUAUCAUUUCUUAUUUUUGGGGUAAAAUAUGACCUAGAUAUUUCUUGACAAUUUUUCUGAGAUCCACUCAAGGACAAAAUCACUACAUCAUCUAUUUUUUUAUAUAUAUAUAUGUCUUUUUUUCCACAUUUGACUCCCGUUUAUUGUAUUUUUUAAAGAAAUUAUAUUUUGGUUAUAUGUGUUGUGUCUGGUUUGUUAUGUUAAAAACAAAUCUGGCAUUUGAAAUCGAGUGGAAUGGACUUACGAAGACAAUCAAAGCACGAUCUGAAUUGAAUGACGACACUAUAAAAAUGUCACAUCUGUGAUUCUGUUUAAGAAUGGAAAGAACUGAUUGCUGUAAGCAAAACAGCAUAGUAUUACACAAAGUGGGCCAUGUUUUUGAGCAUUAAUCGAUUACUAUGUGACAUCUGAAGCUGUGCUUAUUCUUUUUGAUAAUUUGUGUUUUUGUAUCAGUCGAUUAUAUUAACAUGUCUCACAUGUUUAGUGAGAGCAGCUUUUCCUGAGUCUCUUCCAAAAACUAGUGAGCUGAAACAAUUCAGCCAAGAGAAAUAUUGAUGAUACAUUAAAAAUAGUUCAGUUUGAUUAAAAAUAGACUAUUUUAACCUACAUUUGUGUGUGCAUGCUUAUUAGAGUGACUUGCUAGCAUCUAACUAUUGAAAUCAAUUACUAUUACUAUUUGCCUAUGUAGAGCGUUUGUAGGGUUAGGAUGCUAAUUCAUGGCGUAGACAUCAAGGCAGCGCACUAGUAUUUGGAACAGAGCUGUAGUUUCUCUCUGCACUUUCAUCUGUCUAUUUGUCAACUAUUUCCCAGAAGCCCUUUAACCACCAGUUUCUGUCAUGUUGUCAUGGAGACAUGUCCGUAUGAGCUAAUUAACGUUGUUUCUGGUACAUUUUCCUCAGAACUCAUUAGAUGGCCUGUUUAAAA